AUGACAAUUUUUUUGUGCACUAUUGCACUCUUCUCUGAUCUUAUUAUUGCUUAUAAAUCGGAUAAUUUGGAUAAUGAGCUAGAAUCUAGAAGUUUUACUAAUCUUGCAAAACGACAAGAAUUUACAGGAGAUAUUUCUUUCACUAAUGUAGAAAAUGGUAAACUUGGUGAAUGCGAAAUACCUAGUACAAACAAUGAUCUCGUUUGUGCAUUAUCUACCGAAAAAUUCGAUAAGACACUCUGCGGUAAAAAGAUUAAAAUAACUAGAGUUACAAAAUCAGUAACAGUGACGAUUGUGGAUCGAUGUGAAGAUUGUAAAUUAGAUGAUCUUACUUUAACUUCGGCAGCAUUUAAUCAACUCGGUGACCCUGCGGAAGGAGUCAUAAAAUGCACUUGGGAUUUCUUGAAGUAA